AAAAUUGCAAGUUAGCUACUGUCGGUAAUAAAACAUUUGGUUUGAAAUAUCGGUGCACGUAAAUUUUUUUGAGUUUCAUUUUUCAUUUUAUAAUUGUUUAUAUGUUGAGGUAUUUUAGAAUGCACAGACGCUUGAGUAUCUUCCUAAUAAUACUGGGGCUAGUCAAAGCCGAGCUUCCGAUCGCAAAUACCCCAAUAGGAAGAUAUAGAGGAACUAUAACCGAGUCUAGAUUAGGCAAAACAAUAUAUUCGUUCACGGGUAUUAGGUUUGCAGAACCACCAGUGGGCGAAUUAAGAUUCCAACCUCCAGUUCCAAUUGGCUGCCAUGAAGGUGUUUACAAUGCUACAAUUGAUGCUCCAUUGUGUCCACAGCCAAGUGUAUACAAGACACAAGAAGAUUGCUUAUAUUUGAAUGUGUACACUACUAAGUUGCCAACCAAAUAUGACAAUAAUGUUAAAAAACCCGUCAUUGUGUUUAUUCACCCUGGAGGUUUCUACAGCUCAGGCUCACGAUUUUGGGGUCCGCGAUAUUUUCUGGACCGCGACAUAGUUUUGGUGACAAUUAACUACAGAUUGGGGAGUUUGGGUUUCCUGGCAACUGGUGAAAAAGAAUCCCCAGGCAACAAUGGAUUCAAAGACCAAGUAGUCGCUCUAAAAUGGGUCAAAAAGAAUAUUGCAGCAUUUGGAGGCGAUCCUGGACUGGUUACUAUAAUGGGAGACAGUGCAGGUGGAAUUAGUGUCGUGUUACACAUGCUUUCUCCUAUGUCUAUUGGUUUGUUCCAUAGGGCAGCUGCUUUGAGUGGUUCCCCUACUUCACAUGUAUUAAUUGGUCACGACGAACUGGACUUGGCUAAAAGACAAGCCCGUUAUGUGGGUUGUCCAGAUGACACACCAUCAAAUAUUUAUAAUUGUUUGAAAACAGUCUCCGCAGAAGAUUUGGGGAAUUCUUUGGGAAAAUUUGCAGAAUUUGGUGGAGAUCCGCUGCUUAUCUGGAGAGUAGUCAUUGAAAAAGACUUUGGACAGGAACGAUUUUUAACUGGUCAUCCAAUUACUCUAAUAAAAAAUAACAAAAUUCUCACCAAGGUACCCUUUAUGACUGGAAUUACUAAGGACGAGUUUGGACAAAGAGCUUUCUUUGUCUUGAACAAUCAAACUCGGCUGGACAGACUCAAUAAUGAGUGGUAUCAAACUGCACCUAUACCAUUUUUUUAUGAAAGAAAUACGUCGUAUUCAAAAGUUAUCAGCAAAGACUUGAGAAAAUUUUAUUUUAACAAUCAAAUAAUUGAUAGCUCACAGGCUGAUAAUCUUGGACAUCUUUAUUCUGAUUCUCAUGUUGGCUUUGGUGCAAAUAGAGGCGUAAAACUCAUGAGUGAACACAAUCCACUUCCCUCUUUCUACUACAGAUACAGUUAUCAAGGAAGUUAUAGCUUUUACUAUUAUCCGAAUUCAAAUAACAAGACUUUUGGGGUGGUUCAUAUGGAUGAUUUAAUCUACAUAUUCUCUAUUCCAACUGGAAGAUUUCCAAUUUUUAAUGCGACUGAACCUGAGGAAAUUGAAAUAACUGAAAAACUAACUAGCAAUCCUACUCCCACAAUUGACUCAAAGUUAGACAAUGUAAUAUGGAAGACUUUUAACAGUAAAACCCAAACGUUUUUGGAUAUUGGGAAGAAAUUGGUCAAUCGAGAACGACUUUAUGAAAGGCGAUAUGAGGAAUGGGAGAAAUUGUUUCCUUUAAGCUUUUAUUAA